AAUUAUAUUUUUACAUAUUUUUUUGUGUAUUUCUAAAAUAGAGAAAAGGAAGGAAGUGAAAAUUCUUUCUUUUUGGGAAAAUAGAUUGAAAAAAACUAUUUUUUUUAAUCUUCCUAGGUUUUUAGUUAUUUAAACUAUUUGUUAAUUUUUUAAAAAUUCUUAAGAAAACGAGUUAUGUAAUAAUAUUUAAAUCUUAUUUUUUUUUGGUAAAAUAUUCAAAAUUUGUAAAACUUUAAUAGAAAAAAAAAAAGGUGAAAAAAGUUCAUAUUUUAUCAAAAUCAUGGCAGAAUAGUAUUGCUUAAAAAAAAACAAUUAUUAGUUUUUUUCGUAAGAAGAAGAAGAAGAAGAAUCUGAACCAGAAAGAAGAAGAAGAAGAAACGAUCAUCAAUGGCGACAGCUCUGGUAUACCAAAUGUUCUCAUCAUCAGCUUUACUUUCACUAGGCGUAUAUCACAUGGCUUCCUCCACUCGUCUCCACCUCAAAUCCCCCCAAUCCUACUCCGCCAAACCCUUCCACCCAUUCCCACCUUCCUCCUCCUCCUCCUCCUCUCAUCCCCGCCUCAAACACCUCCAGCUCUACCUAAUCCUCGCAUGUCUACUCCUCUCCUUCGCUCACAACACAAUCUCCUCCUUCGAUUCCGAUCCACUCCUCAAAGGCCGAACCCCCGUCCACCGCUUCACCUCCCUCCAAUCCGCUGCAAUCUCCGCCCUGUUCUUCAUCCUAACCCUAACUCUCCUCCUCUCCGAUUCCUUCCCUUCCUUUCUCCCUCUUCCUUCCGAUCUUUUCUUCGCAAUCGCCGCUGCACUCUUCUUCCUUCUCUCCUCACUCUCCGCUUCCUCCGCUUCGCUCCAAACCUCCGAUCUCCAAGCCAAAUGCGAUUCCGUCUCGGCUCGUACUUCCGCUUUGGCUUCGAUUCUCUCUAUAACGCUAGCUUGUAACCCUAGACUGUUUGUCGCUGAUUUAGGGCUCGGUGCGACCGUUUGUCUCCACGGAUUGUGGAUGCUUCAGACUGGUCUCUCGCUGUACGUUGAGGCAUUCAUACCGGAAGGUUGUCACCGGUUGUUGGACGUUGUUAGCGGCGUUGAAGGCUCCACUAAAUGCGAUUUGCAGGAAUCGAGCUUGAGAGCUGCGGCGGUUCUGGAUCUGGCGUUUUUGGUUCAUGUGCUGUUUGUUUUUGUGAUUGUUAUGGUGACUUAUGCUCUGGUUUCGAAGAGUGUUGGGGUUAGGAGAAUGGGUUCGUAUGAAGCUUUGCCUACUGUUAGUUCUACUACUCCACUUGAUCAUAAUCACAUUCAGAUGAAAUCCAUGGCUGGUAACCAAGCUUAGCCUUUCUCCCCAGAAAUUGAAGAAGAAGAAGAAGAAAGCUAUGAACUUUUUGUUUCAAGAGGAAGCUGAGGAGGAUAAUGGUGAAGGUAAAGGUUUCUUAUUCUUGAGUUCUCGCAACAACAAACGAGGAAAAAAAUGAUGGUGAUCAGAGCUUUUUCUUUGCUGCCCUUUCAGAACAUGUACAUCUACGAUUGAACACACAAUUUUUGGUGAAUCCCACUCAGUCAUUCAGAGUUACCAGUGGUAUAAAUUUCAAGCUUUGAUAUGCCCUUGUGAGAAAUUAAAAAAAAAAAAGAAAGAAAAUUAACAUCUAAUAGAUACAUACAAAAGGGCUGUUUUAGCUUGUGCUUUGUUUUGCCUUUGUGUGUCUCUGGAUUUUAAAUGCUGUGUAUUGAUGAGUAUGAUGAUAAUUGCUGUUUUGUUCAGUUAACAAAAGAAGAGAAUUUGACAUGAAAUUUAUUAUUGAUUUGCUUGGGAA